UUUUGCUGCUCAGGCGCGGCUAGUUUGAGUUGCCAUAGCACAGUGAAGCUGAGAGUUUUCUGUUUCGCAAGAGAUCAGGUGGACCUUUAUCUUUUUGUUACUCAAAGUGCAUUGCAAGUAGUUUUCAUUUUAGACGUUUAGUGCGCGUCUGCAGUGGUUGGAUAUUAACUUUUCAUGGAUGCAUAUAAGAAUAGUUAGCCUUGGAGCUAGCUCGCUAACGCCGAUGGAGAUUUUACCACUUGUUGCUAACGAAGAGGAUCAUCCCACAACAAUCAUCUGAGGGGUCGUCUGUGAAAAUAAAGAAAAAGUACAAAGUGCAAGAUGUAUGUUUUAUUCGGUAGAUGCCUUUAACUUUGAAGACGACAAUGAAAAAGUCUACUUGUCUGUUUACCAUGUCAACAAAAGGUUUGGGGAAGAAAGUUAAAAUCCUGCAGUUUGUGUGUUAAUACGAUUAUCGACCCAUUCAGGAGCUAACAUGGACGAUUAGUUAAACCUCAAACCAAGAAAACAUACUUUGUUUCACGGUUACUUGGGAUGUCCUGCAGUAUGAACACAUCCAGUGAGUCAGAUACAUAUGAGAGGAACCGGGGGCAAAGGGUGAGGGGCCGAAGACAGAGCCGAGACAGAGGCAGAGCGAGAGAUGUCCCAACUUCAGAGAUCUCCAGUAAAAUCAGCACUUUGGCAAAUACUCUACAGAGCACAAGCAAAAACCUGAAUAAAGUUGACCGGAUGCUGGGUCAGUACAGGGAGCACACGGAUGACCAAGCUGAAGCCAUGGCUCUGCUUAGGGAGAACUUGGAGGACUCGAUCAGCCAGCUGCAGGCCCAGCGGCGGAGUGGGCGCCAUGGGACCAAAAGUGCCUCUGCUUCAGCCUCACCUCUUCACACAAGUGACCUAGAUCUCUACUCUGAAUCAGAUAGUCGACAUUUUCACCCCACUUCUCCCUUGAGAGACUACAGGAGUUCUCCAGAAAGAAGAAGGAGGUCCCACUCAAGUGUUCGCUUCAAGGAUGCUCGGCUGACAGGAGAAGAGAUCCAUACUUUACACCAGUCCCUGAGGGAUCUUCGUAGUGACCAGCAGAGACUAGCAGAUGACCUGGGAAGAGAAAUUCUCAGGAGAAAUAGGGCCGAUAUUGACACGCGGCGAGCAAUGGAGAACCUCUCGGAGCAUAUGACAGCUUCACAAAGACAGGAUGCAGUGUCGUCUCUUGUGGAACGCCGUCUGCACGAGCUGGAGCUGGAGAGGGAGAUGACCUCGGAGAAGAGGGUCCCAGAGCGCAGCAGGAGGACGGAGCAGCGGGCGGCCAUGUCCGAGGAGCUUCCAGAACGCCACAAAAUCCAACCCAAUGAAGGAAAUGAGAGCAUCACGGAUAGGUUACUCCAAGUAGAACGAGAAAGGACCAAGAUGGAGGUGGAGCUGGACCGGGCCCGCAGACUUCUGGAGCAGUCGGAGGACAGCAGAGAGACCCUGGUUCAGCAGGUGGAGGACAUGCGCAGUGAGUUGCAGAGGAGCAGAAAAGCCCAGAGCGAAGCGCAGAGGGGGCGUCUGGAGUCGUCACAGCCCAUUGCCCCUCCACAUGGCCCCCACACUGAGAGAGAGGAGAGGGGGGGCGGUGCGGGAGGCACAGAUCGUUCAGACCUGGAGAAGGAGGUGUCAGAGCUUAAAGAGCAGCUGCGCAGAGCCUCUGUGAUGGGGGAGGUGGAGGAGCUGAGGAGGGCUUUGGCUCGUGAAGAGAAGGAGAAGAUGCAACUCUCCUUACAAGUUCAGGACCUGACGUCUGAUCUGGCACGCCGAGAGCAACAGCAACUUCGAAUGCUCGACCAGCUCAAAGAACUACAGGGCUGUGAGAGCGCUGAGAAAAGACAGUUGGAGGAGAUGCUGGAGGAGAGCAAGAGGAGCAGAGACGAGCUGAAGACCAAAGCCCAGGAGGCCAUCCGUCAGUGGAGGGCGAAGUGCAAGAGACUGCAGAAGGAGAGAGAGGAGCAGGCUGUGGGGGAAAGGGAGAGUUCUCAUGUCCAGAUGAAGGCGCUGAGCCAGCAGACAGAGGCAGCCCGCAGGGAGCUGGCUGAAAUCCUAGGCCGCCUCGCCCAUCGGGAAGAAGAGCUGCGGCGCAAGGACGUGGAGCUGUCCGAUAGUCGCCAACGGCAACUGUCUCUGGAGCAGGAAGUCAGGGAGGUACGAGAGGCCUACACCUCUCUAGAGCAGGAGGCUCGUAAUCAGGUGGCCAUCCAUAAACGACUAAAAGAAGAAAACCAAAGUCUGGAGGAGAAACUGGAGUCACAGGCCCGAAGACGACAGAAAGACGAAGAGCAGCACGCGGAGCUCCAAAACACCGUCAAACAGGUCACAUCGUCUCAUGCUCAGCUGGUCCAGAGGUUAUCAGAGGAGGAGAAUCUGAGGAAAGAGCUCCAGAAGUCUCACUCAGAACUCCAGGACAAACUGAGGUCUGUGCAGGAGGAGAGGACCGCUUUGGGACAACAGCUGCAGCUACAGAGGGAGGUGCAUCAGAAAGAACUGGACAACAUGAAGGCAGCGCUGGAGGAGGACAGGUCCAAAAAGGAGAGGGACCUUCAGGACAUGCUCAAACUCUUCACACAGGAGAGAGAUGAGCUACAGAGACACCUGAAAGAAGUCAAGGCAGAUGCAGCCUCCGACAGAGAGCUGUGUGAGGGGCUGCGCAUCAAACUGGACAGGAUGAAAGAUGAGUGCGAUAAACUGGCAGCGCAACUGAGCUCAAAGGAAGAAGCACACUCCCACCUCCAGAGAAAGCACCAGCUCCUGCGAGAAGAACUGGACCACAAAGUCAGGUCAAAUGAAAGGAGACGCACAUCAGAGUCGGAGCUGAUCCUGCUGAAGGAAAAGGUGUCUAAGAUGGAGGAAGAACAAGAGGUCGUGCUCACAGCCCUGGGAGACGAACUGGAUCUCGCCUGCCGCCAACUCCACAAGAACGGAGAAGAUAAACUACAGGCAAUCUUGCAGAAGCCUGGAUUAGUGCGAGACCCCCACCGCUGGUUAGCUGAGACAAAGUCGAAGGUGCGCUGGCUUUGUGAGGAGGUGCGAGAGCGUAACAAAAGAGAGCAGAGUCUGAAGAGGCAGCAUCAGCACACCAAGGAUCAGCUGAAGGCCCUGAGGCACAGCCGAGACUCUGAACAGGCCGAUCUCCUACAGCGUUUAGACCAACAGGAGAAACUACUGCACUCACUCAGCACAGAGAAGCACGAGUUGCUGGAGAGAAGUCGCAGUAAGGAAGAUGAAAUGAGAAGUCUUCAAGACCGAGUCUUUGAGCUCGAGAUGAGCACCAGAGCAGCCCUGGACGGCCUCGAGGCCAUCCCAGAAAAACAGUCUCUUAUGGACAACUUUAAAGAUUUGGAGGAGUCCCAGCGGCAGAGGGAGCAGGUGGAGCAGAGAUACUCCAAAUACAAAGAGAUCGUGUGGGACCUUCAGCACCAGCUUGAUGAAUCCAAACGAAAGAUCCAGGAGUACAGGGAAGAGAAAUUGGACGCCGCAUCUCGAAGCCUGCGUCUGACCACUCUGUCCUCGUCCAUCAAAGACCCUGGCACGUUCCUGUCCGGCUCCCUCAGAUCCGACUCUCUAUCUCUUCCCAAACGCCUGACCACUCUAGACCUGGGGAGCUCUACGGUGAAUGGGACCUUCUCUGAUUAAGUCCACUACAGGAGGACUCUUAAAAAAAACAACGGUGCUUCCUUCUCCUUGUGAGCCUGAUUCUGCCCUCUUCAGGACCAAAACAUAAUGACACUCCACACCACGGCCUUGCACUCAAACUAACCCUAACCCUCCACUACGUCCAAAGAAGAAAGGGAUGAACGAAUGGAAGGACAAUUCAGAGGCAAAGUUUACGGAGGAGUUUUGACACUUUAGAAAAAAAAGUGCACACUACUGUUGAAGUGUUACUAAUUUAAAAGAAUGUAUUUUUAUGUGAAAACUAUGCUGUUACUAACCAAACUUUUUAACUUUAGAAUGCCAAUGUUCUUUGUUUUAUAUUGAUUUCUGACUUGGGCCCUGUAUUACAAAACUAAUUUGGAAUUGGGUGUUGCCAGAUAAUUGGUGUGGAAAAUGGCUAAAAGUCUAAAAGUCCAAUCACAUCAAUAUUUUAAAAAGAUGAAAAGACAAUAUAUUUCAGGUUUUCAAUUCAAAAUGAAGCCAUACUCACAAUCACAAUGACCACUCAGAUGCAAAAAUUUCAGAUUUUAUUUGAGAGUGUAUUUUGGCAGCUCUGUCAGAAUAAUGUACAAACUUUAAGAUGAGAUGUAUUGGUGUUUUUCAAGAAUGUGUUUUUAUAAUAUAUGAGCCAAGAGACAUUUUUUUCCUAUUGAUUACAUUUGUACUUUGCCGUGAAAUAGCCAAAAGGUAAAUGUACAAAUGUCGAACCUGAUCAUUUCUUUUAUUGAUCUGACCAGACCCAAGAACUCAGUGUGUUACAACAAUAAUCUGCAUUAGAACCAUAUACAUUUUACCUUUUUUACCCCCCAUUCGUGUUAAAUAUUAUUAAUCUAUGGAAUAUUGUGAUGCCAUCUGAAACCUGGCAAUGAGAAUGUUGUUAAGAAGAUACUGUCGUCCCUCACUGUAACAUGGUUCACCUUAUGCGGCCUCGCUGUUUCGGGCUGUUUUAGGGAUUGUAGACCAUUGUCAAUCAAUCUGCUCCGUGCCGUGUCUCCUUUCCAGUACAGAAUGCGUCCAGCUUGCCAAAUUUACAUAAAUGUUCGAUCUCUAGCAGUGUGAUUCUGAAGUGCUGUAUGUUUGCGAGUUUUCUCCCCAACAAAACCCAAAAUGUCGACGAAACGUUCUGCACCGACAAAGCUCCUGCGGUCGCACCCAAAAGGCUGAGGAAGAUGCAAAGCACCACACAAAAACUUGGACUUCUGGACAUGCUGAAGGAAGGGAGAAGUUACGCAGCUGUAGGCGCCAUUACGGAAUAAAUGAAUCUUCGGUUCAUUACAUAAAAAAGGAGGAAAAUAACAUAAGGAUGACAGCAGCAAUAAGUUUUCAGAAGGUUGCAAAAAGGAUUGUAACUGUCCUGUCUGAGAAAAGUGUAUAAAGUGUGUGGUGAGGGGUUUUACAGCUUUAAAACAGAUAUAAUAAUUGUAAAAAGUAAGGCUGACUACUUUGCGGGUUAUUUUUAAAAACGUAAUCCCCACGAUAAACGAGAAACCACUGUACACUGAAGUAAUUUGUAGUUAACUUUAAUCCUUUUGUCUCUUGUAUCUUUGUUAUACUUUUGCUAGAGUUAGUAACUGCAUCUAACAACACGGCUUUCAGAAUGAUUAAAAAUUAGGAUUGUCUCCAUAACAAUUAACAAUUUAAAACGACAUAUCCAAAUGGUGAAAAGUCCUCAAAAUGUUGAAGCUGAAAACCUAUAAACACACACAGAUCUGAUUCUCUUUUAUGGAGUUUGCAAACUUCCGAAGCCCAUUUCUCGAGCCGUUUUCCUCUGUUAGGAUCCAACAACCACACAAUUACAAUGUCUGAAUCCCAUAACUAAAAUAUGACUAUAUCGGAACCAGAAACAAAAGCGAUAUGGUUCAAAAGACUAGAAAAGACCAGCUUUGACAAUAGACAAAUCCCACUGGGAAAUCAAACAUGGCGGGUUGAUGGUCACUUUUUCAGAGGAUCCUUCCCAGUCUGCAUUGUGUGAUGACUGGAAAUUCGGGAUGCAUGUAUUUGAAAGUUACACACUGUGGCAUUUCAGGGCCUUAUCUCAUCCAAUAUUGACAUUAAUUUAAAUAAACUAAAUGGCAACAAUAUACAGUAGUUAUAUAUGUGAACCAGCAUAAACCCAGAGUUCACCUCAAACUUACCUUUUCACCCUCAGUAUUUUUGUACUACAGGGCCCUGUUCUCUUUUUGCACAAUAUGCAUUUUAUACUUAUCUCUUCCUCACUUCCUCCACAAUAAAUUAUGCCAACGUUCUCGCCUCCAUUCUAAGGUAACUAUAUUUUAAUAUUCUCCAGUAAUAUGUGUAUUUUAAAAGUGCACUGUAAGGAACUUCUAUUUUUUAUGCGCCACAACAGAUAAAAAUAAACCUGAUGAAGCGCCAUGUCUUAUUU